CGCUCCAGCUUGCCAGCACAAAACAAUACCCACUGGCAUUGGCCACAAAAUUUAGAGGAGCUUUUUCAAGUGCUAGGCCAAGUGGCAACUGGAGAUCUGUACAUGUUGGUGGGUGGCAACACAGCGCAUGGCGUAUAUAGACGGCCCAGGAAUAUACAACAUUUCAUAGAUGUGAACAUGGUUCCCGAGCUGAAGCAGCAUCACUUGGACGCACAGCAACUACUGCUGGGAGCUAAUCUCACUUUGACAGAGACAAUGCAGAUCUUUCGCCUGGCUCAACAGCGCGCUGGCUUCGAGUAUUGUGCGCAACUUUGGGACCACUUUGAUCUGAUCGCGAAUGUGCCAGUGAGGAAUAAUGGAACUCUUGCAGGCAACAUAAGCAUAAAAAAGGAACAUCCAGAAUUUCCCUCCGAUGUGUUUAUAACAUUUGAAGCACUCAAUGUGCAUUUAAUAGUCCAUGAAAACGCAGGCAGUUCACGUGUAAUGAGCCUGCUGGACUAUAUGCAGGAUGCUACGCCCAAAUUGGUAAUUGGAAGUUUUAUACUGCGCAGUUACCCCAAAGAGAAAUAUCUCUUUCGCUCUUAUAAAAUACUGCCGCGUGCUCAGAACGUACAUGCCUAUGUCAACGCUGGAUUUUUGAUAGAAUGGCAUGAUGCGACGCAGCAUUUAGUUGCCUCAGCACGCAUUUGCUUUGGUAAUCUAAGACCUGACUUUGUGCAUGCCCAUGAGGUGGAGCAGUUGCUGGCCUGUCGCCAACUCUAUGACACCGCAACAAUAGCUCAAGUCUUGCACGGAUUGCAGAGCAGUUUACAGGCGGUGGAAAUGCCACCCGAGGCUUCCUCACAGUAUCGUCAGAGCCUAGCCCUCUCGCUAUACUACAAGUUUUUGUUGGGCACAGCACCCAAGAACUUGGUGAGAGAGAGCUAUCGCACCGGUGGUGACCUAUUGGUGCGUCCUCUAUCUUCAGGCAGCCAAACAUUUGAGACCAUUAAAAAGAACUUUCCUGUAACACAAGCAGUGCCAAAGCUAGAAGGUCUCAUACAAUGUUCUGGCGAGGCGAUGUACAUGAAUGAUUUGCUUACCACAUCCAAUGCGGUGCACUGUGCUUUUGUGACUGCCAAACGCGUGGGCGCCAGCAUAGAGCAAAUUGAUGCUAGCGCUGCACUGCGUUGCAAAGGUGUUUUUGGCUUCUUUUCGGUGACCGAUAUUCCCGGGGAUAACAAUUUCUACAACAGUACGCUUUUUUCCGUGGAACCGGAGGAGAUUUUUUGCGGUAGCGCUGUCAAGUACUUCGAUCAGCCCUUGGGCGUAAUCGCAGCGGUUAAUCAGGAUACAGCUAUAUAUGCAGCCAACUUAGUGAAGGUUACCUAUGCCAGCGAGCAGGUGCAGCUCUAUACCAGCAUGGCUUCGGUGCUCUCGGCGAAACAUACGAAAGAAGCACAGCAACGUUUGUUUGUUCUGACUAAGCAAACUCAGGAGACUUUGCCGAAACCCAGUUUGGCGCCAGGUGAUGUGCUAGGACGUGGCAUUCUUGAGUUAGAGUCUCAGUAUCAUUUCACCAUGGAGCCACAGACAACGAUUGUUGUGCCCUGCGAGCAAGGCUUGCAGGUGUGGAGCGCUACACAGUGGAUGGAUGUAACCCAAGCCAGCAUAGCACGCAUGCUUAAGAUGGAUGUGAAUCUGGUUCAGCUGCAAGUGCGACGCGUGGGUGGUGCAUAUGGCGCCAAAGUGACGCGUGGCAAUUUGGCAGCUUGCGCCUGCGCUUUGGUGGCCCACAAGCUCAAUCGUCCAGCGCGCUUUGUGCAGACUAUAGAGUCCAUGAUGGAAACCUUGGGUAAGCGCUAUGCCUGUCGUUCGGACUAUGAAUUUCAAGCGCGUGCCAACGGAUCCAUACUUAUGCUAAGCAAUAAUUACUACGAGGAUGCGGGCUGGAGUCUGAAUGAGAACGUGGUGGAAUUUCUUACCUUGUCAGCCCUUACAAAUGGCUACAACUUAACUAAUUUGAAUUUCAAAGUGCAGGGCACAGCUGUUCGCACAGAUGCACCCAGUUCAACCUGGUGUCGUGCGCCAGGCAACAGCGGAGGGUAAGCCAUUGCUAUGACAGAGACCGUGCUGGAGCAUAUUGCCUUUGCCUGCAAGCUGGAUCCGGUGGAUGUUCGGUUGGUUAAUCUACGCCCUGGCAGCAAAAUGGUGCAGCUGUUACCCCGAUUCAUAUCCUCAAGCGAGUAUCGUCAGCGUCGCGAUCAAGUGAAUGUGUUUAAUGCCCAACACCGUUGGCGCAAACGUGGCUUGGGCCUGGCACAAAUGGAAUUUCCGCUGGAUAUCGGCAUUGCCUUAGAUUAUCCGGCUACGGUGGCCAUUUAUCAUGCCGAUGGAUCAGUGGUUAUAACACAUGGCGGCAUUGAGAUCGGUCAGGGCAUUAAUACCAAGGUCGCUCAAGUGGCUGCCUUUUUGCUGGGUGUACCGCUUCAGCUCGUACGUGUGGAGCAGAGUAAUACUAUCACGGGCGCGAAACUUCUUUUGUUCACUGCCAACUCUAUGACCAGCGAAGUAGUAGGUAUUGCUGUGCGCAAGGCUUGCAGUACCCUAAACCAGCGUCUGGAGCCUGUAAAACGUAGACUGGGUCCCAAAGCCACCUGGCAAGAGAUUGUGGAGGCAGCUUUCUUACAGUCCAUAGGCAUGGUGGUCACAGAUUCUUACAAAAUGGGUGACCAAAGCAACUACAACAUAUAUGGCUUGAGUCUUUGCGAGCUGGAGUUGGAUUUGCUAACAGGCAAUCAUUUAAUACGCCGCGUGGAUAUUUUGGAGGAUGCAGGUGAAAGCAUAAGUCCCAAUGUGGAUGUGGGUCAGGUAGAGGGAGCCUUUGUUAUGGGCUUGGGCUACUAUUUGACUGAGCUGCUUCUCUAUGAUCGACAGACGGGACGUCUGCUUACAAAUCGCACUUGGAACUAUCAUCCACCAGGUGCCAAGGACAUUCCCAUCGAUUUUCGCAUUGAGCUGCUGCAGAAGAACCCAAACCCUGUUGGUUUUCUGCGGUCAAAGGCAACUGGAGAGCCCGCCUUUUGUCUAGCAGUUGGCGUGCUGUUUGCUAUGCAACAUGCCAUUCAAGCUGCUCGACAAGAUGCUGGCUUACCAAGGGAAUGGGUGCGUCUUGGUGCGCCAACCACACCAGAGACGGUCUGGUUAAAUGCAGGCAAUGAAGUGUCACAGUUCGUGCUAUAA